ACAUUACUACCACCUCUUUCCACUUUUUUUUCAAUAAAAAGCGAAACUUCCGCUUCCAUUCUAAACCCUCCAAAUUCUGCAACAAAAAUGUCAGAACCAGCUUCAAAGGCAUUCCUUCUAUUCUUCACUCUCAUUUUUCUCUUCUUCACCUCCACUUUACCUCGUGAUUUACCAGAUGCCACUACAACAACAACGACAACAAUCCUUGAUGUCACAUCUUCUCUUCAACAAGCCCAUAACAUCCUCUCCUUUGAUCUACAAACACAAAAACCCUCCACUCACACAACAAUCACGACAUCCACCCCAUCUUUCUCCAACUCUUCACUCUCUUUCUCCCUCGAACUCCACCCCCGCGAAACCAUCUACAAAAUCCACCACAAAGACUACAAAUCCUUAGUCCUCUCUCGACUCCACCGUGACACAGUCCGAUUCAACUCACUCACAGCCAGACUCCAACUCGCCCUCGAAGACAUCUCCAAAUCCGACCUCAAACCCUUAGAAACCGAGAUCAAACCCGAGGACUUAUCCACUCCAGUCACUUCAGGUACAAGCCAAGGAAGCGGUGAGUACUUCACUCGAGUUGGUGUCGGUAACCCAGCAAGACAGUUUUACAUGGUUUUGGACACAGGCAGUGACAUUAACUGGCUACAAUGUCAACCCUGUACAGACUGUUACCAGCAAACAGAUCCAAUCUUUGAUCCAACGGCGUCCUCUACUUACGCUCCUGUCACUUGUCAAUCUCAACAGUGUAGCUCUUUAGAAAUGUCGAGCUGUAGAAGUGGGCAGUGUCUUUAUCAGGUUAACUACGGCGACGGGUCGUAUACUUUCGGUGAUUUUGCUACUGAAUCGGUGUCGUUUGGGAAUUCUGGGAGUGUUAAAAACGUUGCUUUAGGCUGUGGUCAUGAUAAUGAAGGGUUGUUUGUAGGUGCUGCUGGUUUAUUAGGUCUUGGUGGUGGCCCGCUUUCGUUAACAAACCAGCUUAAAGCGACGUCGUUUUCUUAUUGUUUAGUGAAUCGUGACUCGGCUGGGUCGUCGACUUUGGACUUUAACUCGGUUCAACUCGGCGUUGAUUCAGUCACUGCUCCUUUGAUGAAGAACCGGAAGAUUGAUACUUUUUACUAUGUGGGUCUCAGUGGAAUGAGUGUCGGUGGGCAGAUGGUGUCGAUACCUGAGUCAGCAUUUCGAUUGGACGAGUCAGGGAAUGGUGGGAUAAUCGUUGACUGUGGAACAGCAAUAACUCGGUUGCAGACUCAGGCUUACAAUCCUCUGCGUGAUGCAUUCGUGAGGAUGACUCAGAAUUUGAAACUCACUAGUGCUGUUGCAUUGUUUGACACGUGUUAUGAUCUGUCUGGACAGGCAAGUGUAAGAGUCCCAACGGUGUCGUUUCACUUCGCAGAUGGGAAGUCCUGGAAUUUGCCGGCCGCCAAUUAUUUGAUCCCUGUGGAUUCUGCUGGGACUUACUGCUUUGCAUUUGCUCCAACGACGUCGUCUCUGUCUAUAAUCGGGAAUGUACAGCAGCAGGGGACACGUGUCACAUUUGACCUGGCAAAUAACCGCAUGGGAUUCUCACCCAAUAAAUGUCAGUAGUUAAUGGUAAUAGGUGUUUCUUUUAUAGGUAGAGUGAAAUGAAACUCGCCUUUUCUUCUAUGGUAAAUAAGGUGAAUUAGUUUUCUAAGAGGACAAGUGUGGAUUUAUUUAUAUACAUUUAUUAGGAAGAUGAAAUGGAGGAGUGACUAGUGAGGAGUGGGCGGAAGUAGAGCCCAUCUAAAUAACUCCAAUCAAGAUAGAUGGUUGAGUCAUUGAUUAGCCAUAAAUUGCUGUACUAGCACUUGCCUCUGUGUUCCGUUCAGUCCUCUGGACUCUGGAGUUGAGUGGCAUGUACAGCGAAUCUGUUAAAUUGCGUGUAUGUUUUACGUUUAUUUUUUAUUUUUAGCAUAAGAGAGGUUAAAAAAAAUCAAAUUUACCUAGUAA